CGCCGCUGGGAUUGACAGCCGUAGCUGACAGCUACAUAGGGACAGCAAUGGCGGGCACAGCGCUUAAAAGGCUAAUGGCCGAAUACAAACAGCUGACUCUCAACCCGCCGGAAGGAAUCGUCGCAGGUCCAGCCAAUGAGGAAAACUUCUUUGAAUGGGAGGCGCUCAUCAUGGGUCCACAGGACACAUGUUUUGAAGGCGGCGUCUUUCCAGCUGUCCUUACCUUCCCCUCCGAUUAUCCUCUCAGCCCUCCAAAGAUGAGAUUCACCUGCGACAUGUUUCACCCAAACAUCUACCCAGACGGCCGUGUGUGCAUCUCCAUCCUGCACGCCCCUGGGGAUGACCCAAUGGGUUACGAGAGCAGCGCAGAGCGGUGGAGUCCUGUCCAGAGCGUGGAGAAGAUCUUGCUGUCUGUGGUUAGCAUGUUAGCAGAACCAAACGACGAAAGUGGAGCCAACGUGGAUGCCUCUAAAAUGUGGCGGGAAGAUCGGGAUCAAUUUUACAAACUCGCCCAGAAGAUCGUACGCAAGUCUUUGGGGCUUUAAUGACAACAUCAUCAGCCAUCAUAGUGUGUGUGUGUGUGUGUGUGUCUUGUGUGUGAAAGAGGCUGUGGACCAGAGGGCAAAUGUCACCGUUCAGCUGAACACGGUUUUCAUACAUGUGAUUUGCAUAAUGUAAUUGUAGAGCCCUGGCCGCCUCCCAACCCUGCAAUCCACAGACAAACAUACACACAGACAGCUGCUGUAGGAAGUUAGGAAGUGAUGUCACAUCAUGGGAGCCUUUACUUCCUGGAAAGCAUCUGCUGUUUUGUUUUUUCAACUCAGCUGUUAUGUGAAAACAGGAAGUUGUCAGCUGACACUGGUGUUUGCGUACAAGUUGAGACAAAACCUAGCUCAGCUUUACCUUUGACCUUGUUGUGGCAAUAGUCGUGAGCUGUUUUUUCAACGAAAAUGUAUCCUGGGAGUUGUAGCUCAUUAAUAUUUACCCGGCACUUGCGCGUGUGUGCGGGGGCAGUCAGCCAGGAUGAGGCGCUCUGCUUGAAGCGGGGGAAUUCCUGCCCUCCCUGAUCCCACCUAAGAGCAAGACGUGCAGACAAGCGGCCUCUGGCUCGUCUUUUAAUCUUUCUUGUCAUCUUCACUUGACAACACUUCAAACGCUCGCCAGGCUGCACUCACGAAGGCAACACUUGGACUUUUCAAAAGAGGAAUAAGAUAAUAAAGUUGAUCACUUUCAACGUCA